GAAAGUGUGGCGGCCCCGCCCCGUCUCUUGGAACUGCCGCGGCCGCCACCGCCGCUGCCGCCGCAGCUGGAGGAAACCGGUGAGGGUGCGCAGGCGAAAGGCGCUCUUUCCCGGCUAGGAGUUUCCUUGGAAAAGCUACCAUCUCCCCAGCCCACCAUGGCGGAUGAAAUUGAUUUCACUUCUGGAGAUGCUGGGGCUUCCAGCACUUACCCUAUGCAGUGCUCGGCCCUGCGCAAAAACGGCUUCGUGGUGCUCAAAGGACGACCGUGCAAAAUAGUGGAGAUGUCAACUUCCAAAACUGGAAAGCACGGUCAUGCCAAGGUUCACCUUGUUGGAAUUGAUAUUUUCACGGGCAAAAAAUAUGAAGAUAUUUGCCCUUCUACUCACAACAUGGAUGUCCCAAAUAUUAAGAGAAAUGAUUAUCAACUGAUAUGCAUUCAGGAUGGUUACCUGUCCCUGCUGACAGAAACCGGUGAAGUCCGUGAGGAUCUGAAGCUGCCGGAGGGUGACCUAGGUAAAGAAAUAGAAGGAAAAUACAACGCAGGUGAAGAUGUACAGGUGUCUGUCAUGUGUGCAAUGAGUGAAGAAUAUGCUGUAGCCAUAAAGCCCUGCAAAUAAAUGGGAACAUCAGGCGUGAGCAAACUUGAGGUCUGGAUCAACUGCAGAUCUGAAGUUUGGUUCUAAGUUGUCACCAAAGCUAUGGCCUUCAUAAGCAACCUCAUUUCUUUUUUAAUUGUUCUGAAAUUGUGCUGAGUUAAUUUUGCAGGCAAUUAGUAAUUUAGAAAAAUAAUCAAGAUGUAUAAUUCUUUUUUUUAAUUUUGUAGGUGUCUUUCCUAUAACAUUCCUGUGGUUUUCAGUAUUUGAGUCCAAAAAAACAGAUAAGAUAGCUUCAGCAGAUGUGAUUUGUCUGAGCAAAUCAUUCCUGAAUUUUAAAAGAUAAAUAAACCAGGGUUUUAAAUCAAGCGAUGUAGCAUCUAGUGGUAUUGAAGUACCACAUUUAAGUUGAAUCGCUCCACAUUAAUUUCAGACUUGGGAGUUUAUGGAUUGGAAUUGUCACAGUUUCAGCCUGUGUGUGGUCAGCACAAAUCUUGAAACAAAAAUCAUGUUGUCAAAAAGUGUCAGUGAUCGUGGUAGCCAUGUGCAGCCACCUGUAUUACCUCAGCUGUGCUGUUCUUGGACACAUCGCUGGCAGCCUUACUGUAAUGUUGUGUAUCGUGAUUUUGGCACCUGCUUGUGGUUGAUGGAGAGGCCUUGAACUGUUGGGUGACUGUUAGCAAGUCAGACUGCAAAGAAUAGAUAAGGGACAGUGGCAAAGGGAGUUGAUUAAAGCUAUAGGUUUUUAUUUGAGGCCUUUGUAAUCAGCGUAAAAGUGGAACGUUUCUUUCUAAUUGUGUUUUUGCUUUUACUUUUGUUCUCUCUCUUUCUCUCUCUGUAUUUAAAGGAGUGACCUGCUUUACAGGAUACUAUGCAGUGCUUUUUAUCAAUUAUGUUGAAUAAAUGUUGGUAUUUAUAGUAGUCACACCUUUUCAACCAUUUUUAAGUAGAUAAUUUUGAUGUUCAAGUAUUUAUUUGUCAGAAAAAAACUGGAAAUCCUAACUUUAAAUUGAUUUGGAACAUUUGUUAAAUUUAUGUACAUUUUUUAUAACGUGAAAUGAAAGUCAAUCAUGGAAGAAAAGUUACUUUAUGUGAUAAUUAUUAUUUUACUUAUUUUAAGAAGUAUAUGUAUUUUUUAUCUGAUUGUCAUGUACUUAAUUCAGUUACUGGUGUGAGAUAUAACCAAGAAAGAAUUCUAAAAACUGAAUUGUUUUAAACAGUGUUAUAGGUGACAUUUCUGCCACAUUUCUGUUUAGUCUUUUGGAUCAUAUAUAGCUUAUUUCCAGAAUUCUAGACAUUAUCACAGGGUUUGUGAGGACCUUUGACUAAAUAACAAUCAUUAUAUUGGAAUGAAACUUAGAACAUAAUCACUAUUUCAGUAAUACCUUUGUUCUCUAAGACUGAUUAUAAGACCACUCCCAUCAUGCCUUGACUUCUGAAAGGCCUUUGUUCCUAUCAUCUAUGAUACUGUAACUGAUCUGAUCAGUGACUGGAAAUGGCAUUAGGAACAGAAGAUCCCAAAGUUUUAGUUACUUAAUUUGUGCACAUUUUUGGAUUUUGUAUUGGCCUCAGCAAACCCAUUUGGAGAAGAAGCAAGAUACUUUAAGAGAAAUGCAACUCGAAUUCUAAAGCACAAGAAAUAUUGAGGUUGUAAUUAAUCAUUGUUAGUGUAACGUUUUAGCUUUUGCCCAUCUAAAGCACAAUUAGGAAUUAGGCUAAAUUCUUUCCAGUAUUCCAUUUAAGUAUCUACUGCAUACUGCUCUAGAUUUUUAGUACUCUGUAAAGUGUAUCUUACUUGUUACUGGUUGGCAUUGUUACCCACAGGAAUUAUAGAAAGUUAUCAAUCUAUGCUGCUUGCUGGUCGAUCAUAUGACCGCAUUUAACCAUACUAGUGUUCUGGUUUAGUAUUAAUUCUGGAUUAGCAUGCCUUUGUUCUUCCUGACUUUGUCAAACUUCACAUAGAUACAUUUUCAAUUGUGAGGUAAGCAUAUAUAAAUCAUAAUAAUGCAUCUCUUCAUACUUUGAAUAGCAAAAACUAUUUAUGCAUAAAUAUGUCAUUUUAAGUACUAUAAUGAAGUGUAAAUAUUCUUCUGAUGUAUAAUUAUAAGUAUAGAUUUUAAAGAUACAGGACUGUUUAUUUUCACAUAAGUCAAUACAUGUUUCUCUAGAACAAAUAUUUCAUUUCGUAAAGCUUUAUAAAUUGUAUUAAAAGGAAGCAGGAAAACAUAUUUUUUAACAUAGAACAGAAGUGACUUCAUUCUUUUUUGACAUCAGAAAUGUUAAAAGUUGAUUCCUAGUAUUUGUUGUACUUUUUUGUAGCAAAUGUUAAAUGUCACAAGUUACCAUGUAUAGAAUGUAGACUGUCACGUUGAUAGAUUAUACAGUGAUGUACCAUUUUUGUCAGCAGGCAUUUCACCAAUUUAUAUACAAUACUGUAUUAACAAGUGGAAUAUUUGUUGCUUUCUAGAACAACAUUUUAUUUCUACUGUGAAGACUUUCUUAUACCUUACUUCCUACAAAGUUGUAUACCCUCUGAAAUUGAUCAAAUCGUUGCUGCUUUGACUUAGCAUUUGCAUCAUAAACAUAGUUAUGAUAUUUCUUUCAUGCUCCCCUCCAAGGGCUGUCAGUCACUUGAAAUUGUUGCUAACCAAGCUCUUGAAUCCGUUUCCAUUUAUGGUACAAAAUUCUGUACCAGUGCUUUAUUACAGUUACCAAAACUCUCCUGCAGCCAGAGCAUGAUAUCUUUGAGAUGCUGCAAUAAAAUGUUUAGGCUAGAAAAUUUGGGGACACAGUUUUUCAUUAUAGCACAGUGUGUGUGUGCGCAUGUGCACACAUAGCUUUGAAUGUUUGUUCUUUUUACAAAGUCCUUCCAACUCUUAAAAGUACUGUAGUUUGGUAGUGCCUCAAAUGUUGGUAACAUUUUUUUUUUAAUUUACAACUUUUCCAGAAUUUGUUUUUGUACUUCAAAGUUUCUCAAUUAGAUUAUUUCUAGUUGAGCUGUAAUUUGAAUGCAUUGUUCUCAGGGCUGUUUGUGCUAAGAGCUAAGAAGUUUCAUUAUUUUAAAGCUAACUGCCUGAAAGUGUAUUGCAAAAUUUUACCAAAUUGUAGUACAGUGAUACAUAUAAAUAAAAAAUGCUUAAUAUCAACAUCCUUAAAGCAUAUGCUAAGUAUUCAAGAAAAAAAUGGGAAUGUUGGUAACAUCUGUACUGGAAUCUUGCCAUAUUUUUUUCAUUUUAGAAUAGAAUUUGGUACUCUUAUCUUAGAACCCUAUCCUUAAUGAUAUAUCUGAAGCAUUCCUUUGCAUGGACCCCAAAGAUAGUUUCAGAGCCAGACAUUGAUGUAGUGAUUCUCAAACAUAUUUAGGGACAACGGAUCGAAAAUUCAUAAAGCUCUUUUUGGGUUCAUUAAAAUGUUUACAUUCUGAAUUCUGUAAUACGAACUAGGAACAAAUUUGCUAUGAGAAAAUAUGGUUCUUGAGCAGUAGAGCAAACCAUAAACAUAUGUCCAUAAACAGUGUAUUAUACUGAACUGAUCAACAGUUUAAAAUUUUCUAAUACCAUUUAGGCAUAUUUCAUAGUUUUCAAGCCUUUUUUUUCUCGUAGCAUUCAGACAAGUAAUAGGCAACCAAAGCUUAAGAAAAAUUUAUUGUGGAAAACCUUAAAAUUGAGAAAAUUCAAUCUAUCAACUUUAUUAAAUUGUUUCUCCCUGAAUUGGGUAUGUGGCAUCAUUAUUUGAUUUUAGCAGGGAACAUAGCUUACGGAACACAGAUGUUCUAUGGGAACAUGGCUUGAAGUCACUAUAUAAUUUAAUGUUUUUCCAUUACAUAAACAUCUGAACAUCAACUUAACUACCAAGUGAGGUCAAGUGCCUGAAAAGUGCUGUAUCCAUCUAAUUAGCACGUUCUUCUCUGAAAGACGCAUCUUCUAGCAGUGCACAUCAGACUUCUCACCUGCUAGAAACAGACUUGUUGCCAAACUUUAGCAUCCACCACUAUUCUUCUCUCCUUAGAUCAGGUUGGAAUCUAUUUUACAAUUGAAAGAGAGGUUCUUUUAUUUCUAUAAAGUCCCUAAAACUAUUUCUUGGUAUUGGGAGACUUAAGUUUAUCUUAGUUCAAGAUUGCACUUUUUAAAAACUCUGGACACCAAUCUAUUUUCAGUGAUGACUGUACAUCUUGUCAUAAGUCAUAGUUGUGAUCCUUCUUGAGAGAAAUUCUUUAUUGUGCUUAAUAUGUACUAUAAAUAAGCACUCUUGUGCUUGUUACAAAGUAUGAUGCAAAUUACUAGUUCUAUACUAGUAUAAUGAAAAUGACUAGUUCUAUAUUGUUCUGUACUUUUGUCCUCCUCUCCAAAAACGAAAUAGUUGAAAUGGUAUUGUCUUAUCCAGUGGCACUUUAGUAGUAAUACAUUUUAUUUGUCUUAGGUAUAGGAGAACUCUUGCUUUUACCUGCAGAUACUCAUGUUUUAGCUAAAACUUUAAAAUUGUAAGAUAUGUAGUAUGGGUAUCAUAAUUGUGCAUUUUACAUUUCAAAAAUGGGUAAAAUUCAAACGUUAUAUAUUUGUUGAUUUCAUCAGUUAUAUUAAAUAAAAAUAAAGUUAAUUUAACAGCUUGCA